UCUCGCGAAUGUUGCCGAACAGUCUAGAAAAUAACCAUUCCUCGGCAAGAAAUCCCUUAUUGCGGCCUCAUUUAGCUGGUGAUUUGCGAAGAGAAAAGAACUUUUGUGUGUGAUUAAUUAGUUGGAGUUUAAUUUGUUUUAGUAAGAAAAGUAAAAGAUUUAUAUAAGUUAAUUUGAAGAAGAAAAAGCCUUGCGGGGCGAAUCGCGCUAACCUCAAACUCGCACCAGACGAAAGAUUUUUUUUCGGGAAGUUUUUCACCGCCUGCUUGCCUCCGCAAAAUGGCCAAAUGGGGCGAAGGCGAUCCCCGGUGGAUCGUGGAGGAGCGUCCGGACGCGACCAACGUAAACAACUGGCACUGGACGGAGAAGAACGCCACACCUUGGUCCAAGGACAAGCUGAAGCUGCUGCUGCAGGACUUUGUGGUGGCCGGUUCCGGCCAGGAGGCCAAAGUGGUCGAGAUUGAAAAGAUGGACGGCGAGGCCACGGCCAACAACCGGAAGGGAAAGUUGAUCUUCUUCUACGAGUGGAACAUCGUGCUCAAGUGGAAGGGCGUGUGCGACGACGAGGACGUCACCGGAAAAGUCACCAUUCCGAACCUGUCCGAGGAGAACGACAUUGACGAGGUCGAGCUGACCGUGUCGGUGGACACUUCGAACAACGCCUCCGAGAAGCUGAAGCUGUUCAUGUACAACAUUGGCCGGGACAAGAUCCGGAAACAGCUGGACACGUACGUCAAGCAGCUGAAGCAGGACUUUGCCAAGGGGCUGAUCCUGCCGAAAAAGGGCGAGGAAGGUUCCGCCGUCAAGCCGGACAAGGAAACCGUGUUCGCCAGCGGCUUCAACAAGCAAAAGAUCGAACUGCAAACGGUGACGAGCGAGCCCAAAGCCGUCGGCGUCAAGCUGGACGUCAAGACGUUGGACGUGCAGGAACGGUUUCAGUGCCGGGCGAACGAACUGUACGACGCGCUGACGCGGCAGGACAUGGUGACGGCAUUUACGCGGGGUCACGUUAAGCUGGACCUAUUCAAGGGGGGAGAGUUCGUGCUGUUUGGCGGAAACGUCACCGGCAAGUACGGGGAAAUUGUGCCGAACAAAAAGAUCGUUCAGACCUGGCGGUUGAAGCAGUGGCCCUCCGGGCACUUUUCCAACGUUGUGAUGGAGCUGGAGGAGCGGGAGGACCACACCGUGCUCAAGCUCACCCAGACGUUGAUUCCGGCGGCCGAGUUCGAGGCGACCAAGGCCAACUGGAGCCGCUACUACUGGGACAGUAUUCGGUCGGCGUUCGGGUUUGGCAGUUUUCUGUACUAACGCAAGACGGUGACACAACAGCGCAGAACAACAAAAACCAACCAAGCCUCUCCCUCUCGUAAAUUGCAGUGCAGUUCUGAGUGUCACAAAUGUCGAGUUACUUUUAAACGCGAAGCUUACAGUAAUCGAAAGCCUAAAAAAUACACAUAGAACGACACAUUAACUCUUUUGCUGAUUUUGAAUUGCGACUACUUUGCCUGUUAGUGUUGUAUUUCUUUCUUACCAAAACAAAUAAAAAAGCAUCGUUUAAAAGUGCCGGCAUCUUCGGAUAGCAACUCAGAGAAAAGAAAAGUAUAAAUUACGAGCGGCAGGAACAUUUCCUUAGCGAGACGAGACGCGAUAGUUUACACUCACACACACAAUUACUUUCUUUACUUUAAUUGAUAUAACACAUAGGGACGACCUUAGCGAAGCGGUUGAAAUAAACUUAAAUUAGAGCAAAACCAAAAAAAAA